AUGUCCAGUGAUGACGUCAAUACGACGACGGACACGUCCAGUGAUGACGUCAAUACGACGACGGACACGUCCAGUGAUGACGUCAAUACGACGACGGACACGUCUAGUGAUGACGUCAAUACGACGACGGACACGUCCAGUGAUGACGUCAAUACGACGACGGACACGUCUAGUGAUGACGUCAAUACGACGACGGACACGUCCAGUGAUGACGUCAAUACGACGACGGACACGUCCAGUGAUGACGUCAAUACGACGACGGACACGUCCAGUGAUGACGUCAAUACGACGACGGACACGUCCAGUGAUGACGUCAAUACGACGACGGACACGUCCAGUGAUGACGUCAAUACGACGACGGACACGUCCAGUGAUGACGUCAAUACGACGACGGACACGUCCAGUGAUGACGUCAAUACGACGACGGACACGUCCAGUGAUGACGUCAAUACGACGACGGACACGUCCAGUGAUGACGUCAAUACGACGACGGACACGUCCAGUGAUGACGUCAAUACGACGACGGACACGUCCAGUGAUGACGUCAAUACGACGACGGACACGUCCAGUGAUGACGUCAAUACGACGACGGACACGUCCAGUGAUGACGUCAAUACGACGACGGACACGUCCAGUGAUGACGUCAAUACGACGACGGACACGUCCAGUGAUGACGUCAAUACGACGACGGACACGUCCAGUGAUGACGUCAAUACGACGACGGACACGUCCAGUGAUGACGUCAAUACGACGACGGACACGUCCAGUGAUGACGUCAAUACGACGACGGACAUGUCCAGUGAUGACGUCAAUACGACGACGGACACGUCCAGUGAUGACGUCAAUACGACGACGGACAUGUCCAGUGAUGACGUCAAUACGACGACGGACAUGUCCAGUGAUGACGUCAAUACGACGACGGACACGUCCAGUGAUGACGUCAAUACGACGACGGACACGUCCAGUGAUGACGUCAAUACGACGACGGACACGUCCAGUGAUGACGUCAAUACGACGACGGACACGUCCAGUGAUGACGUCAAUACGACGACGGACACGUCCAGUGAUGACGUCAAUACGACGACGGACACGUCCAGUGAUGACGUCAAUACGACGACGGACACGUCCAGUGAUGACGUCAAUACGACGACGGACACGUCCAGUGAUGACGUCAAUACGACGACGGACACGUCCAGUGAUGACGUCAAUACGACGACGGACAUGUCCAGUGAUGACGUCAAUACGACGACGGACACGUCCAGUGAUGACGUCAAUACGACGACGGACAUGUCCAGUGAUGACGUCAAUACGACGACGGACAUGUCCAGUGAUGACGUCAAUACGACGACGGACACGUCCAGUGAUGACGUCAAUACGACGACGGACACGUCCAGUGAUGACGUCAAUACGACGACGGACAUGUCCAGUGAUGACGUCAAUACGACGACGGACACGUCCAGUGAUGACGUCAAUACGACGACGGACAUGUCCAGUGAUGACGUCAAUACGACGACGGACAUGUCCAGUGAUGACGUCAAUACGACGACGGACACGUCCAGUGAUGACGUCAAUACGACGACGGACAUGUCCAGUGAUGACGUCAAUACGACGACGGACACGUCCAGUGAUGACGUCAAUACGACGACGGACACGUCCAGUGAAAUGUAA